AUGAAGUUCUUGAAGUUCUUGAAGUUCGCACAUCUUUGCAUUGUUUUUAGUAUCUUUCAAGUUAGUUAUAUCGAUUGUAUAGGAAAAAUAAUGAAGAAAUUUAAGAGUUUGACGACCUGGGCGCCUGCCGAGUCUCUGUGCAAAGAUUAUCUCGACCUGGAGGAGAGGCUGGGAUGCGGGGAAGAUGGCUAUCUGAUGCACUACGGCUACAAAAACUGUCUCAUUUUCACCAAUGAAGGUGAAGCGUUUCUCAAUUGUCAAUGGGGAAAAUUAUCUUAGAUGUGCGGAAAAAGUUCUCGGAUGUAGGAAGAACGUUCGUCGACUGCUGCAGAAACUGUUUGAUGGCGGAUAUUCACAAAAUUACAGAGGUGUGCACUCAUUUUUUUAAAACAAAACAACACAAACAAAUCGGUAGUAUAUCAUAAUAUAUUCACGAAGAUAUUUCUCAAAAUAGUUCAUAGGUUCUCAAAAAAAGCUCAUCGUUGGCCUCCAGUAUACUCUUCAGCUCUUUUUGAGCCAUGCCGACAGCUCUUGAGGGUAAACGUCAAGUUUAUCGCAUUUCACUCAAAUUUCGCAGAAGUGGUAUCAUCGUUAGACUCGAUGGUAUAGCUGAUUCACGGCUGGCUUGAGCCAUUGAAAUAUGGGUCCUGGCACGAUAAGAAAAGAGACAGUGCCUGGUUAGUGGAGAGCGCAGACAGGCUACGUCUUUUUGAGUCUGAAACUAGAGGUGAAUCAUAAAUUCUUUCAAAUAAAUUGGAGUCCGCGAUUGUUCGUGAUUGCGAAUUGUGUUUCUCGGAUCUUAAAAACGAAUAAAGGACCCACAGGGGAGGAGGUCACUUUCGUUUGCGGUUGGAAAUUCUCGGAAAAUUGGCCAGAAAACUUUAAUGAACCAAGAGUCUCAACCUGCGAAACUUCCUAUUUUAAGAAAUGAGGUCCUGAAGCCACAAAAAGCCUAUUUUAUUAAAUUUUGAGAGUUUUCUUUGGUUUUGCCGCGUCUUUUCUUUUAGAAUCUUCUGGUGCAUCAAGGAGUGUUUCAGCCAACUUUCAGGAAAGUCCCAACCGCUGAAUAAGAUGACCUCCCUUGUCAGGCACUAUUUCUUGCCAAAAGUGCGUCUUUGAACUUUUGUCAUUUGUCAUUUUUGAGCGUCUUCCAAAGACAUGAAAGGUUAAAACCCUAGAAAUGGUCAUUUUUUUAAAUUAUUUUUGUUUCACACCAACGUCUUGAGCCCGAUAUUGCAGAAGGAACGCGAUUGCGAGAAAAUUCGCGUGGCGGCGUUCAAGUCGCACGUCACCUGCUACCUCCAGUGUGACUUCUGUGAAGUGUGUCGUUCGCAGAAGCUCUCACUGCUCGGGAGCUACGACUGGCGCGACUUCUUCUCCGUUCUCGCUGCCAAGCAGAUCGUCUCGAUCGUUCGCGCCUGUGGCCUUUUUCAUUGCUUUUUCUGA